AUGGACAAAGACGCCGUCUACGAGCACUUCAGGCCGUGCGGGCAGAUAGAUGCCCUCUUCCUGCUCCGGGACUGGUGGACACAGGCGUCCAAGGGCAUAUGCUUCAUUACCUUUGCCGACCAGGGCGGCGUGGAGGCCGCCCUGAAGCACGAUGGCACGGAGCUCGAGGGCCAGAAGCUCAGGGUCAACCUGGCGGCCGACCGGGACGGCCUCAAGGGCAAGGGCGGCGGGCGAGGCAGCGGCAAGAGCCCCGGAGACGGGCAGCAGGGCGGCAGCGGGCGGGGCUACGGCAAGAGCCAAGGCAAGGGCCGCGGCGGUGGCGCUCCUGCCACCCUGGCGCUGGGCAGCCAGCCCCCAGAGGGCUGCAGAGGCCUCCUGGUGCGGGGGCUCGCCUGGUGGGUCACGGAGGAGAGCCUGCGGAGCUUCUUCGGCAAGUGUGGGGAGGGCCCCACCCGCGUGCGGGUCCUCAAAGAGAAGAGCACCGGCGAGUCCAAAGGCAAGGCCUUCGUGGAUUUUGCAGAUGCGGCGGCGGUGGAGGAGGCGAUGAAGCUGAACUGCACGCCACUCGACGGCUGGAAGCUGCGGCUCGAGUUCGCAAUGUCGCGGAGCGUCUGA